UGAUUGUCAUUUGUCAUUGUCAAGUCGGUCAAAUCUUGACAAUCAAAUCAAUAAAAAUGUUUGUAAAUAAUUAAAACAAAGGAAUUAAAUAAAUAAUUAUGGCACAAUUUCUGGAGCUAUCGCUUGACGAGUACAACGCCGGUGAAGUCACAAAUCAGGCUGUAUGCGUGUGCUGUCUUGCACAGGAUAUGCCCUUGAUACAUCUAGCGACCUGUAAACAUAGCAGCUUUUUGGAGUAUUAUUUUAAAUUUAAGAUGGCGUUUCAGACCUCGGCUGUAUGCUACCAGUGUCAUGCACUACUAAUUAAAAUAGAUAGAUUUAUUCAACGCGUACAAGACAGCUUUGUAGUUUUGAAUGAGAAGGCACUACAAUACAAACCAGUCCACAAUCUCCAACGGACACAAGUGGAGGUGCUCUCGGUAGACACUUCCGUUGACAAUGGUUUGAAGAUAGAGCCAACUACCAGCAAAGAGGAUCAGGAGUACAGCAUUAAAGACGAAUUUAAUGUUUUGGAUGUAGGACCUAAGGAUAAGGAAUUCAAGUUAGAGAAGAAAGAGAAACUGUCCCCACUUAAAAGAGAGAAGAAAGACAUAGAAGAGAGUUAUGUAAACAAACUUUUAGUGACAAUACUCAGUGGAGAAGAGAUGGAGAAGGAGAGAGAAAAACAGAGAACAGAAGAUAAGUACCUAAAGAGGCCGUUUAAAUGUGAGAAGUGUAUUGUUGCUUUUGAUCAUGAAAUAAACCUGAGGAGUCAUGUUGAACAAAAACAUAAGCAGACUUGUGGAGGCUUUGUGUGUAAAAUAUGUGAAUCGGUAUACGACAGUGAUGUGUCCUUAAAAGCUCACAAUAAACGACAUUAUACCAGAUUCAAAUGCAAGGAGUGUGACAAACAGUACUUGGACGAGAGAUCAGCCGUGUUACACUACAGAGAGAAACACACAAAAGGCUUGCAGCUCUACAAAUGUCAAGUCGAAGAUUGCGGGUUUGAGACGCAGUCACAUCGUAGCUAUAGAUACCACCAAGCGAGGCACAACCAAGUACCAUGUACUUAUUGCGGCAAAUUGUACAUGAAGGGAACACAGCUCAGGCUACAUAUCAAUACAGUCCACAACAAAUCAAGCGUGUUUAAAUGCGAGAAAUGCGAUAAACAAUACAAGCAGAGGUCCGGACUGUCCGUUCACAUGCAGUCAGCACACAGCGGAGACUGUACCGCGUACUGCGACAAGUGUCGGCGACACUUCAGGACGGAGCAGACACUCGCGCGACACUUGAGACACCACUCUAGCCAUGUGGAUAAGAAGUAUAUGUGUGACGAAUGCGGCGCAAGAUUCGUGACAAAGGGCAAUUUGAAAUACCACAUUGAGUGGGCGCAUCUCAAAAUGGCCAAUUACAAAUGUAUACAGUGCAGUAAGGUGUUAAGAACGUCUAGGUCUCUGAGACGGCACAUAGAGUUUGUGCACGAGAACAAACAACUGCCCAGAGACAAGAUCUGCGAUUACUGUGGCAAAGGUUUCACUUCUGCGUCGUACCUGCGCACGCACGUGCGCUCGCACACGGGCGAGCGGCCGCACGGCUGCGCGCGCUGCGGCGCCGCCUUCGCGCACCGCGCCGCGCUCUACACGCAUCGGAAGCGGCACGCCACUACUGUUAUAGGAUAGUGGAAUAAAAUUAUUAAGAAUA